AUGUCUCUGCAGAGCAUUACUAACGCACCUCAUCAGUGGACGAACGCAGGAUAUUCCGCUCUGUCUGUGCCUCCACCAUACAUUUCGCCAUACCCUUACAACCCUAGUCUCGACGCCAUGGGCCGCAAGAAAGGCGGCGCAUUCUACACGCCCGUAUACCCUGCGGAAUGGACGCCAGACACUCGACAUACGCAGGCGCAAUCGCUCCAUGUCCCGCAGCAGCCACGCUCUGCUCAAUCCAUUGUUCAAUCACUUGCCCAGUCUCGGCGCAGUGCUCAGAAUCAAGCUAGUGUGAGUAAGCGCGCGAUAUAUAAUAUUGUCGAUGCUUGGAGAGCAUACAAGUCUGACACUACCAAUCAGUACAAUGGCGACAAUCAAUACCAGUCAAACUACCAGCAGUUGCCGCACUACCAGCAGCAGGUCCCCGAAUUUGAUGCAAACUUCCAACCGCUUCCACCAUAUCAGCAGCAGUUGUUUCUGCCAUCCUUCAACCCACAAUGGUCUCAGCAAAGUCUCUGGACAGCUGCCCAAACGCUGCCGCAACCACCCCAGUUGGCUCCGCAAGCCACGGCAUUUCGACCUGUACAGAGGUUACCGCUACAACCUCAGAGCUCGACCCAUGAGCACCAUGCACAAGACCAAAUCAUCCAGUCCAUCGAAACCGACGAUGUCCCUCGACAACUCCCUAUCCGACCAGUCAAACAACGAUCUGCGCGUCAACCAACGCCUCGUCGCGGUCCGACCCCCAUCAACGAAGCCAUCGCCCCUGUUAAGAUCCCAGAGCCCUCCCAAACUUACCUCCACACCGCCGCCCUUCCGUCCCAACAACUCCUCCAACCCCAAAAGCUCCUAGUCCUCCUCGACCUCAACGGCACCCUCGUCUACCGGACCGGCUACAUGCGCCGCGAAGUCGUCAAACGCCCCGGCGUCGACCGUCUCGUGCAGUACCUCUUCGCCAACCACCACGUCAUGCUCUUCACCUCCGCCACCCUCAAGUCUGCCGAGCGCAUGGCUAAGACACUCCUCACGCCAGAGCAGUACAGCCAACUGAUUACGAUCCGCUCUCGAGAGGACCUCGACCUAACGCACGAGCAGUUCAUCAACAAAGUCCAGGUCUACAAGGAUCUGAACGUGAUCUGGAAGGACAAAGCCAUUGUGCAAGCCGCGCCGAUCUGGGUCGUGAUCAAAGCCAAGUCCCAUCCGCAUAAUCUGCUUCAGGUGACGGAGUUUCUGGAGCCAGAGCCGAAUGCGAGCAAGAAGGAGAAAGCGGCAUUCAAGCUGCGGGAGACAGUCGCGAUGAGAAGUGUGGAGGAGAAGUUGGAGAGCUUGAAGUGGCAGGUUAAUGUGGCUUGUUGUAUUAGGGAGUGGCAAGAGGCAGCGAACAAGAAGAAGAAGAAGGGUCUCGGACUCGAUGCUGAGGAGGCCUCUGCUCGGGAGUCCUUGGACGAAGCGGAGAAGGCUAUCUGGAGUCGUGCUGCGGAUGAGGAGUACGCCACGCCUGUCAGCAUGGACGGUAACAGCAGUGGUAUUGUCGCCAAGCCCGAGGCUGACGACGGCGCCACUGAGCCAACAACGAAAACCCACGAGGAAGAAGAGGAAGAGUACGAGCCCGACGAAUGGCAAGGCGUCAAGCUCCCAACUCCAUCGCCCGAAGUCGAGCUCGGUGCCGUGGAGAAGCUCAAGGCACUGGCCGGCAGUGUCAGCAAGCCUGCGACGGCGCCGCCAGGGAAGCGCUACAGUUUCAUGGACGCCCGCGACAGUGGCAAUCGCAACAUGUCGACAGCACGAGAGGUCAGUCCGGUCACAGAGGAGGAUUUCAAGUGGUUGAGUCUAGACGAGAAGACAUCAGCGGAUGUGACCAAGGCUAAACAGACAUAG